GUAAUUGAGCAUUUGUGAUAUAAAAUCUCCAUGAGAGUGGUGUUGAAAGUCGCGUAGAAAUCGUGACGUUUAAAUAUAUUUGUAAAAUAGUUUUUAUUAUCGCGUGUUUAUCAUAUAAAAAAAAGAAAGUGACAGAAUGUCUGUCACUAAUCUUGAAUCUCAACAAGAAUACGAGAACUAUGUUAAGUCACAAGAUCUUUCCGUCGUUCACUUCUACACACCUUGGGCCGAUCAGUGUUCGCAGAUAAACGACGUGAUAGAGGAAAUGAGCAAACUGGCCGAGUACAAGAGAGUUAAAUUCGCAAAGAUUGAAGCUGAAAAGCUGCCUGACUUGUCGUUAAAAGUUGGCAUCAGUGCAGUACCGACGAUUAUUCUCAUAAGGAAUGAUACUAUACUCGAUAGAAUCGACGGAGCUGACCCAUCUGCGAUAGCGCAAAAGAUCAAGCGUCAUUUGAGCAACAACGAUAUUUCAAUCGACGCGUGUAAACCGAAAGAAAAACUUGAAGAAAGACUAAAGAAAUUAAUAAAUCAAGCGUCUUGUAUGUUGUUCAUGAAAGGAUCCCCCACAAAUCCACGCUGUGGAUUUUCUAGAAUAAUAGUCUCUAUCCUAGAUUCCUACAAGGCAGAUUAUCAGACGUUUGAUAUUUUGCAAGAUAAUGAUGUUAGAGAAGGACUUAAAAAGUUUAGCGAUUGGCCAACGUAUCCUCAGUUGUACAUUAAUGGGGAACUCAUUGGAGGAUUAGAUAUUGUAAAAGAACUGGUCGAUUCUGGAGAGCUGGAGAACAUGUUACCUAAGAAGAGUUAAUA